AGCAGUUACUCCCUCUCUUUCCAUUUUCAUUUCCUCUCAUUAAACCAUAAAUCUUCACAAAUACAGUAACCUAAUUUUCUUCGCAAAAAUCAUUUUUUUUUCUUAUUUUUAUAUCUGACUUCUUAAGAAUGCGGAAUGAAUAGGCCUUAAGUUUGAUCUGUUUGGCCGGCCGGAAAAUGGGGAAGAAAGGCGGCGGUUGGUUUUCAUCCGUCAAGAAAGUUUUCAAGUCGUCUUCUUCUGCUAAGGAACUACCAGAAAAAAAUAAGAAGGAGAGUAGUGUAGAAAAAUGGGAACAUGAGGCAGCAGAGGUAGUGUCAUUUGAGCAUUAUCCAGCAGAGAGUUCGCCAGAAGUGAGCAAUUAUUACAAUGAAGAAAGCAGUGGAUCAAGCCCUGUUACUGAAGAUCGCAAUCAUGCCAUUGCUGUCGCUGUGGCCACUGCCGCCGCCGCAGAAGCUGCCGUGGCCGCUGCACAAGCUGCCGCUAAAGUUGUCCGAUUGGCUGGCUAUGGUCGUCUUACUAAAGAUGAAAGAGCUGCCACUCUUAUUCAAUCUUACUACAGAGGCUACCUUGCUCGGCGUGCCUUACGUGCAUUGAAGGGACUAGUGAGACUACAAGCUUUGGUGAGAGGUCAUAAUGUACGAAAGCAAGCGCAGAUGACGAUGAGAUGUAUGCAAGCACUAGUGCGAGUACAGGCAAGAGUUAGAGCUCGUAGACUCGAACUAACUCACGAGAAACUCCGAAAGAAGGUCGAGGAGGAACACCGGAAAUCGGUCGACGAAGGAGUCAAUCCGAAGAGCCCAUUAACAAAUUAUGGAUGGGAUAAUUCAAAGAAACAUGAUGCUGUUAUGAAAAGAGAGAGAGCCCUCGCUUAUGCAUAUGCCUAUCAGCAGCAACAACAACAAGAUCAUCAUCAUCAACAACUCUUCCAAUAUGAUCCAAACGGUAAAGAAAUAGGGUUAUGCUACGAGAGCGAACGAGUUAAUGAACAGUGGGGAUGGAACUGGUUAGACAGGUGGAUGUCAGCGCAGCCGCCACGUCAGCCUUCUUACGUGGCAUUGACCGCCACGACAACCACCACCACCGAUGACAUGUCCGAGAAAACAGUAGAGAUGGACGUUGCAACUCCACCACCAGCCCUAACAAAACACCAACGACAAUCAAGCUUAAACGACAGCAACAGCAGCAGUAAUAACGUCGUCGUGCCGAGUUACAUGGCCCCAACUCAGUCAGCCAAAGCAAAGGCACGUAACAAUAGUAAUACCGAGGGCUCAGCAAUGAAGCAGCAGCGUGGCUCAUAUGUUCCGCAGUGGAACUCGUCCACGAGGAAACAAGGAUCGGGUUGUGACUCGUCGAGUUCAGGUGGUGUGUUCCUGGCUCCAAGGAGUCCGAGUCCGAGUCCUAAUAAUAACAAUGGAAUGCGGCUCCAGUCUCGACGGAUUGCUGGGUAUAGUCCAGAUUCUAAUGGUGGUGAGGAUUGGAGUUGGAGAAAUGAUUUUAGUUGAUCAAUUAUGCAUGAGUUUUUUUUUUUUUUUUUUUAUUAUCAUGUAGUAACUUAUUGUGGAUUCAAUAUGUUUCCUAUUUUAUUUUAUGUGAUUAUUGUCAGGUUUGUAACUAAUUAACUAUUUUUGUUUUCAAUCAACUUAGGGGUGUAAGGAGCCGAGAAUGAAUUAUGUGAGCUUGAGUGUUAGUAUAUUAUACUACAAGUUUGAAUUUGAA